GCUGUUCCUACAAAGCACUCAAGUGAAAGUAUUCCCUACUCCUUUGUGCCUCCACAAUGUGCCCUCUCCGGUUCUGAAAGGAGUUCGACGCUUGGUGCAGCGACCUAUUUAACUGUUGUGACGAGCUCUGCUGCGACGAGCUGUUGGGGACGAUACGGUUGACUUACCAGGGCAUGUGCGUGAUUGAAGAGUACACCGACGUAUACCCAGCAGACGUCCGACGAAGGCGGGUCCUUCAGCGGUGCCUUUUGGGUAAAUCGGUAGGAUACUGUUAUCGGACAACAGUGAUUAAUCUGGGAGAGCGUUGUCACGAUCAGCCGCCCCGUCAGUUUCGAUACGACCAGCCUGGAUCGGAGAUGAGUUCACUGCGCCAUCGGAUCAUCGAUCCGCGGGAGCCUGCACGGAAAGGGUCCCCGGAUUACCCGCGACGACAGUCUCGACGCAGCAGUAGAUUCCGUCUUUUGUUCCCUUUUCUACGACGGGUCCCAGGCUCAGAUGAAGAACAUGAAGAGCGCAUCCCCCGCGGUCGGCCAAGGUCUCGUCUGUCCACAAGUACCCCGGACAUACCGAUACCGCCGAUUGAGCGGGAACCACGAGCUACGCCGAGACGCCCACCCCAGAUCCGCGUCGUCUCGCCGCGACGAACAGUAAUCCGUGAAAGACCUCUGCCACGACGGCCACAAAUGCCCCUGCCUCGCGAUGAGCCACGACCACGGCCACCAAGGACUCCUUAUCCGGUGGUUAUCCAUCAAGAGCCAGUGGCGCGACCAGCCAGGUAUCGUCGGCGACCGCCGCCCCCGCCGCCGCCGCCACAGCCAUCAUCGACUGUCCCUCCAGCAACAUUCCAUAUGCAGCCUCCCCCGACUCCACCUCCCAAGAAAUCUCGCCCCCCGAGAGAGCGUUCCCCCGUCGCUGAACGCGAACCGAUCCGUAAGCCACGCUCGACCCCGACAACUCCAGUCCAAGUUCAUAAUCCCUCAACUCCAUGCACCGAGCAACACCCCGGAUCUCGUGUAGAGCCCCGCCACGUCCGCUUCUCCGACACAGUGGACCAUGUUUCCCUGUCCAGCGACGGCAUCCCGUCCCCUGCCAUGCCUUCCCGAUACUACAGCAGGUUCAGGAGCAGUGCAAUCCACGGAGACCAUUCACCAAGCAGUUAUGGACACCAACGGUCGAACUCGCCGUUUCCAGAGCAAAGAGAGGCUCACAGACAGGCAUAUAGAUAUGCGUAUCCAGAGAUGCGUUCGCAUAGCAGUCCGGCGCAACCACGCCCCCGAACAGACGGUCUGUACCGGUCGGCGAGCAUGUGAGACGAGGGAGCACUGGGAAUCCAGUGGUAGAGCGGACCCCGGCACGUAUUAUCGAAGAGGGUCCACCAUUGUUUGAGAGGGCGCUUGGGUUCGUGGAGAAACAACGACGGAGAGAGUCACUAUUUGAAGGACUGCAGAGCGGGAGAUCGGAUCGGUAUACGGAGAUUCGGCCGGGGGACGAGCGGAGUGCGCGGGACGAAGAACGUCGGUCGCGUCGGUGGCGUUGGACAUGAGCUCAUGGGAGGAUUCAGGUAGAGAUGGUAAUGUUGGG